UGAAACCGAAGCAACCUGUGCAACUCGGAUGUCAGAGAAAAUUUUCAUUCCUCUGAUCAGGCGCUACAGAAACUGAAGUCCAAAUUCUGAUUUCCCUGCGAAACUGAUCUUUCGUCUAUUGGAAAUCUAUAAAAGUAAUAAAUAAAACGAUGCCUAUCCAAGCCUGGUUCUGGAUGCGGCCGCUCCACCGUGCCCAAAGUCAACUGCUGGCCUCCUUCUUGAAGCGAAAUGUCCACGGCCAAACAGUGGUUGGAACAGAGAAAUGCUCGCGACCGCCCUCAAAAGGCCUGGUCCUCGGAGUUUACGCCGACGAGCACGACCGUGAAGACAACGGGCUCCUGACGCCAACUGCCGCCAAGUAUAAUGAGUCGUACACAAACGGAGCCCUGAUGGACCUGCUUCACAUGGCUGGUCCGUUACCGAAACGUGGCCAAACUAGAAUUUUCUUCAAUCUCGAACCCACCUACUCCGCGGUAGCGGUCUGCGGACUCGGUAAUGAAUGUCUGGGGUACGAUUCGGCGGAAAAGCUGGACAUGUCGAAGGAAGCAAUCCGCGUAGCGGCUGCGUCAGGAUGUCGGGCACUCCAAGAGCUGGAAACCAAUCGGAUCUACGUAGAAGAUCUCGGCCAUGCAGAGUCCGCUGCGGAAGGCGCCCACAUGGGCAUGUGGAUCAGUCAAAAAAUGAAGAAACCGGAGAAUCGGAAAUUUCUGCCACAACUGCAGUUAUAUUACGACCCUCAGCUGCCUUGUGAUGCGAACGGUUGGAAAAUAGGCCUAGCAAAAGCGGAGGCUCAGAAUUUGGCGAGAGAACUUCAGGAAGCACCGGCGAACCAUAUGACCCCGACAACAUUUGCCCAGAACGUGGUCCAAAUCUUGUGUAACUCUGGUGUCAACGUGGAGGUAAAAGUGAGGAGUUGGGCAGAAAGCCAGGGAAUGACGUCCUUCUUGGCUGUCGCCAAAGGAUCAUGCGAACCACCGAUCUUUCUGGAAUUAAGCUACUACGGAACGAAUCUCAAGGAACGGCCUAUUGUGCUGAUCGGACAGGGAAAUACCUACGACAGUGGUGGCAUCUGUGCGAAGAAGCUUCACUCGCUGAAAGAUAUGCGUGGAGACAUGGCGGGAGCGGCAUGCGUAGUUGCCACAUGCCGCGCGAUUGCUGCACUGAAACUACCGGUUAACAUCAGAGCUCUGAUCCCACUCUGCGAACAUAUGAUCGGAUGCAACGCUUUGAAACCUGGUGACGUCAUACCCGUGAAAAAUGGAAAGAGCAUUGAAGUGGUCGAUACCGACUAUGAAGGUCCCCUGGUGCUGGUCGAUGCACUGCUGUAUGCUACCACUUUUGGUCCAAAAUACAUUGUAGACGUUUCCACAAUUUCCCAUCACGUUUUGGGUUCGUUUGGAAAGGUGUGCAGUGCGGUGUUCACCAAUUCGGAGAGCCUGUGGCAGCGUAUGAAGAAUGCCGGUGUGCACACUGGCGAUCGAGUCUGGCGGUUGCCACUGUGGGAGUACUUCACGCAACAGAUGUGCUCGGUGGAACACGCUGACGUGCAAAACUGCGGAAAAGGAGUGGGUGGCGAAGCAUGCAAGGCAGCGGCUUUUCUACGCGAGUUUGUUCCCUGUGGCGAGUGGAUGCACAUCGAUGCGCACAACGUGAUGAUGACUAAGGGCGAAGAUUUUCCUUAUCUGCGUCGGGGUAUGGCAGGACGGCCGACGAGGACACUGAUCGAAUUCAUUGCGCAAGCUUGCUGCAACGAAAAGUAUGGCAAUCGUCAUUAGAGUAUUAUUCGAUUUAUGGUCACAAUUGUAUUUUGGUAGUAUUUAUUGCGAGUUUAUUUAUGAUUGGAUAAAUUGUUUAUUGUAUACAAAAUAGAGAGAAAUAUUUUAUUU